AUGCUCCUGUUCCCCGAGUUCCCCAAGCCCCCCGAGUUCCCCAAGCCCCCCCUGUUCCCCCUGUUCCCGUUUCCUCUGAUCCCCCCAGGCCGUGCUCCGAGUGUUCAAGCUGCCCAGCCCCUCCUCCCCACUCCUCAGGUCCACGACGGCUCCUUCUCCCUCUCCACCGCAGCUCCCGCCCCGCCUCCAGCCGGUGCCCGCUCCUUCUGCCCUCCUCUGGUUCAGCCAUCUCUACGCCAGCGAAUCCUGCAAGGUGCGGAUGUGGACCUUUCCUCUCUCCUCCGUCCAUCAGCUGCCGCUGCGGCGCCCCGCCUUCUCGAUGUCGGGGGCGUAUCGCUCAUGCUCGGAUCUUCUGAAUCCCGCGCCUCCAAGAUCCUUACCGUGCCCGAGUUCGCUCUCGCGUUUUCCACCUUCCGCGAUGUUAUCUGCGCUGUUUUCCCUGCCCGCCGGCAGGAACUCGAUGAUUACCUGUCCAUCAUCCUUGACAUGGCCGUGCGAUACGGUGGCUCGGGAUUUUAUGAAUACCAUCGCCUUUUCUCCGCACAGGCAGCUGCGCGCCUGCAGCAAUGGAAUAUCGCUACCUAUUGGGGCUCCAUGAAUCUCGAGCUUUAUUGCCGUAUUUUCGCCGGCCGUCCUUCCCUCUCCUGCGAACUGUGCGGUCAGCCGUCACACCCCGUCUCAGCCUGCUCACUGAAACGCCUCAUCAUUGACUUGUCCGCUCCCCAUGGCUCUUUUGUUCCUUCCGUCAAUAGCCUGGUGCCCAGCGACGAGUUUUCUUUGUGCUAUGCCCGCGUCGAUGAUGCGAUUUCCCUCAUCAAACUCGUCGGACGCGGCACUUGGAUGGCCAAAGCAGAUAUCGUCUCAGCUUUUAAAGUCUUACCCAUCCAUCCUGACUUUUGGCACCUAUUUUGCGUGCGCUGGAAGGGGCGUUACUACUUCGCCACCCGGCUCGUUUUCGGCUGUAAGAGCAGCCCCAAGAUAUUUGACUGUUUCGCCGAGGCACUGUCCUGGAUCCUGCUCAACGUGUGUCGCAUUCCCUAUGUCGUGCACCUGCUGGACGACUUUCUGGUCCUCAACGCCCCGUCUUCUCCACCCGCUCGUUGCAUCACCUCCUUAGCAUCAGUUUUUCACCGCCUGGGCGUUCCGCUGUCCGCCGAAAAGACCGUUGGUCCGUCUACAUCGCUCGAAUUUUUGGGGAUUUUGCUGGACUCCAUCAACUUUCAGGCUUCUCUUCCCCGCGAUAAGCAAACUCACAUCUCCCAAGUUCUCUCAGAAUUUCUGCAACAGCCUCGUUGCACCAAGCAGCAGCUCCUGUCGCUUCUCGGGCAUCUGAAUUUCGCCAUGCGCAUCAUCCCACAAGGUCGCGCUUUUAUUUCCCAUCUCCUCCUCCUCGCUUCUUCAGCUACAUCCUACUUUCAGUUUGUCACCCUGGAUGAGGCUUGUCUAGCAGAGAUACGUUUCUGGCUCCUACUCCUCUCUCAUUGGAAUGGCAUUUCAUUUUUCUUUAACGACGCAGUAUCUAAUCCUGUUGAUAUUCAUCUCUUCACGGACGCCGCACCUUCCACAGGCUUUGGCGGUUUCUACGACGGCAGAUGGUUCGCCUCCCAAUGGCCUGCCGAAUUUUUUCAGCUCCCCUCAGAUCUUCGUGAUUCAUCCGCGGUUCGUGAACUUUACCCCAUCAUCGUCGCUGCCCUGCUAUGGGGACACGAAUGGACGCGACGCGUCAUUUUCACACACUCUGAUAAUCUAGCCGUAGUAAACGCAAUCAACAAGGGUCGGUCAAAUUCCCCGUCCUUAAUGCCAUUGCUCCAGAGGCUCACGUGGCACUCCAUCAUGCAUCAGUUCAUUCUCAAAGCUGUUCACAUUCCUGGUUCAUCUAACUCCAUUGCUGAUUCUCUGUCUCGUUUCCAAUUUCAGAAAUUCAGGACCUUGGCUCCACUCUCAGACCCACAUCCAACCCCAGUUCCACCUUAUUUGGACACCAUCUUCCCGCUGCACACGCCUUCUACAAUUUGACUCUCCAAUCCCAGGACCUCAUUCUUAACGCCG